AAAAAUGGGGCGUGAGAUCCUUUGGAUACGUGGGACUUCUCCUCACCGUUAACGUCAUUAUGGAUAAAUCGGUUUUACAUUUAUCUGGGCUUUGCCUUUGGCAUUAGCCUUUGGAUUUGUGUUCAGAUUGUCAUCAAAAAGCAGAAUAAGAACUCACAGGAGAAAUCUUUUUCAAAAGCAACUCGGCAUUUGAUGACAAAUGGCAGUCUCUCCCUUCAAAAGAAGGAAAUCUUUGUAUCUGGAGUGAAGAUUUUUUAUGGUUCACAGACUGGUACAGCAAAGGGAUUUGCGAAAGUUCUUGCUGAAGCAGUUGCCUCCCUAAACCUGCCUGUGGAAAUUAUUAAUCUGAAAGAAUAUGAUCCAGAUGAUCAUCUGUUGGAAGAGGCUACUAGCAAAAGUGUCUGUGCCUUCCUGGUUGCUACGUAUACUGAUGGCCGACCAACGGAAAGUGCGGAGUGGUUCUGCAAAUGGUUGGAGGAAGCGUCCAGCGAUUUUCGAUUUGGCAAAACUUACCUGAAGGGUAUGAGAUAUGCAGUGUUUGGCCUGGGAAAUUCUGCCUAUGUGAGCCACUUCAACAAGGUUGGCAAAAAUGUCGAUAAGUGGCUCUGGAUGCUGGGUGCACAUCGUGUGGUGGCCAGAGGGGAGGGUGACUGUGAUGUGGUCAGAAGCAAACGUGGCAGCAUUGAAGCUGACUUCAGAGCUUGGAGGACCAAGUUCAUCUCCCGGUUGCGGGCACUUUGCAAAGGAGAGAAAAAAUCUUGUGGUGGCAACUGCAAGAAAGGCAAAUGUGAAUCCAAUCUGCAUGGCUCACAGCAGAAGGACCUGGCAUCCCACACCCAAGAUGAAUCACAUCACAGAGACCCUGAGGAGGAAGAGCCCUGUGAGAGCACCAGUGAGGAAGAGUGUGGUGCUGAGGACCAUCAGAGCCUAAAUUCUGUCGUUGAUGUUGAGGAUCUUGGCAAGAUUAUGGAUCAUAUGAGAAAAGAAAAGAGAGAAAAGGAGCAGCAGGAAGAAAAAAGGAGCCUGGGGAAGAUUGAAGAUGAUGAAAGAAGAGCUAUGAUAACUCCUGCUCUCCGAGAAGCUCUUACUAAACAAGGUUAUCAAUUGAUUGGGAGCCACUCUGGAGUGAAGCUUUGCAGGUGGACAAAGUCGAUGCUUCGCGGGAGAGGAGGUUGCUAUAAACAUACAUUCUAUGGCAUUGAAAGCCAUCGCUGCAUGGAAACCACCCCGAGCUUGGCAUGUGCAAAUAAAUGUGUCUUCUGUUGGCGGCACCACACCAAUCCCGUGGGCACUGAAUGGCGGUGGAAGAUGGACCAGCCUGAAAUGAUCUUACAGGAGGCCAUCGAAAAUCAUCAGAAUAUGAUUAAACAGUUUAAAGGAGUGCCAGGUGUUAAAGCAGAGCGAUUUGAAGAAGGAAUGAAAGUAAAGCAUUGUGCGUUAUCGCUUGUGGGAGAACCAAUAAUGUACCCAGAGAUCAACAAGUUUUUGAAGCUACUCCACCAGUGUAAAAUCUCCAGUUUCCUGGUCACAAAUGCACAAUUCCCGGUGGAAAUCAGAAACCUGAAGCCAGUUACUCAACUAUAUGUCAGUGUGGAUGCCAGCACCAAAGACAGCCUUAAGAAAAUUGACCGUCCACUCUUUAAGGAUUUCUGGGAAAGGUUCCUUGACAGUUUAAAAGCCUUGGCAGCAAAGCAACAGCGCACUGUCUAUAGGCUGACCCUUGUGAAGGCGUGGAAUGUAGAUGAACUGCAGGCCUAUGCGGAGCUCGUGUGCCUGGGGAACCCCGACUUCAUAGAAGUGAAGGGUGUUACCUACUGUGGGGAAAGUUCAGCAAGCAGUCUCACCAUGGCCAACGUGCCCUGGCAUGAGGAAGUGGUGCGCUUUGUGCGUGAGUUGGUGGAUCUCAUCCCUGAUUAUGAAAUUGCGUGUGAACAUGAGCAUUCCAACUGCCUCCUGAUAGCACACAAAAAGUUUAAGAUUGAUAGAGAAUGGUGGACAUGGAUCGAUUAUAACCGCUUCCAGGAGCUCGUCCAGGAAUAUGAAAAUAGUGGUGGAUCAAAAACUUUCAGCACAAAGGAUUAUAUGGCAAAAACUCCUCACUGGGCAUUAUUUGGUGCCCGUGAAAGAGGCUUUGAUCCCAAGGACAAAAGAUAUCAGAGAAAGAACAAGUCAAAGGAUAUUUCUGGAUGUUGAGAUAUCUGACUUCAGGAUGCUGAAGGACAAAAACUUGGUGACCCCAGAAGGUUCUUGGACUCUACUGUGAUUUUUUUUCCAAGGGCAAAUUACACAAAUUAUAUUUCAUAUUGACGAGAUUUUAAGACAAAACACAGGGACAGGAGACAUUUUGAGUGUCUGAGACUCAGCCUUGGCAUUUGUUUCAGAAACUCAGUCCCUUUUAUGAUUUUACUUCUGAGAGGGAAAUUUUUGUGUGUGUAGGGGGGAAGUACACAAUUGUCAUUUAGGAUUUAACUGAUAGUUUUUAAUUAUAAUUAGUAAGCCUUUCUAGA